GCUUCGGCAUGCCGGCAACUCUCCGCGAGCAGCGGCAGCGCUGCCGCUGCUCGCGGAGAGGUCCGCGAAGCCUGGGCGCGCUGAUCUCAGCGCGCGCAGGCUUCGGCAUGCCGGCAACUCUCCGCGAGCAGCGGCAGCGCUGCCGCUGCUCGCGGAGAG